UUACAGUGAAGUCAUGUGUUGGGAAAAAGGAAGAGCACUCAGCUGACUCCUGAAUGUCUGUGUGUGUGAAAGCAUGUCAAAAUGUCUUGUUUGUGGACAUCUGUGCUCAUCCUGAUCUCCGCCGCUGUCUGGUCUCCAUGCGUGGCUGAUGUUGGUGACUUUGAUCCGUGUCUGCACUUUUUCUAUAAGUCCUGGCCGCCAAAAGGUUUGGAAGGGACCCCGAUCUGCCAGAGAUACAACAACACAUAUCACUUUGCUACUUUGUACAGUCGACCUCGCCGCUCGCCUUGGUUCUCUGGCUACUUGUACACGACACCGAGAGGAAGAAGGCCCAAAGCCAGCUGGAAGUAUGAGCCGCAGCUGGCCUACACUGGAGCUGAUGGCAACAUGAUGCCCUUCCUGCCUGGACCUGUGGACCAGAAUGUGGUGGAGAGCCAGGCGGUGGAGCUGGACUACAUAAACUCCACCUUCACCAGAGGCCACUUGAACCCCAGCCUUCACCAUGAGACCCGCAACAGUCGCUCUGCCACCUUUACCCUCACUAAUGUGGUCCCCCAGAAGGUAGGUUCUAAUGAUGGACCCUGGGAAUACCUGGAGCAGACUGUCAACAAGACUUUAGCAGCCUACUGUCUUGGAGAGGCCUACAUAGUGACUGGGAUUAUCCCUUACAAAAGUAAUGAGCCAUGGAUCAAGAACCACCGUGUGGCAGUCCCAGAGUACAUGUGGUCUGCGUACUGCUGCCCAAACUACAACCACAGUCUUCCUACAGAACUGAAAGAUGCUUUUCCUACAUUCGCUGCCAUCGGACGCAACGACCCAAACAGCAGUGAGGAGAUAGUGGCCAUCGACCAGAAGGCAGAGAAACAGUUCAGAGGUUAUGAUGUAAGGCAGAUGUCUCUGGAAACACUAGAGACGUGGCUGAAAGACCGCUUCACCACUGUCAUCAGUGUGUUCUAUGAGCAGUGUGUCCAUCAGGGUAAUCCAUCACAUGUCAAAUAACAACAUGAGUCAGAGGAACCCAGAUUAACCCAGACUACCCUAAAUUAAUCCAGAGUAACCCAGACUGACCUAAAAUGACAGAACAUCAUCACAAUCCGACUUACUAACUCACCCCUAUUUGGAGUUGAUUGUAAUCAAUGACCCAGUCUGAGACUGAGCUGAACGUAAAGUCUUUUGAGAGUAGGAUGACCGUUACCAGCUCAGACCUGAGGUGUCCAUAAUCUGUAAUACAAUUAAUCAGACUGGAACAGACCUCCCCAGACCACAAGACCAGAUCCAAAUAAGUAACCAGUCAGAACAGAUCGUGAUCGGAGCACUUGAUAGUAAAUCUGAUAUAAACGUGUUAUAAACCUUGUCACAAGCUUGUGGUUUGUCAGGACGCUGCUUCCUGUUUUCAUUAGUCAACAGCACCGUCUUUUCUGCUUCAAAAAAUAGAUAUUUAGCGGCAGAAGAAUGAAUCGUGGAAUAAGUCUGAAAAUAUGAACGUUCAUUACAAAAUAUACGGCAAGCGUUUUAUUUGUGGAUGAAAAUGAUGAGAGAUGUGGGUUUAGAGGUGCUGAUUGUAUAAAGAGGUGGAAGGGAAUAGGGAACAAAUGUGUCUGAGUUAAAGUCUCUAAAAUACAAAUGAAACUAUGUAAACACAAUAGUAAAUACACUAUCAUGGACCGGAUACAUGACUGUAUUGGUGCCAGGAUACCUCAGAAUAGCGCUAGUCCCUCUGUCGUCCUGUUUUACAACAAUCCCCAGCUGACGGAGAAGUCAGGAAGUAAAACGUCUCUGUCAAGGCGUGUACGUUUCUCCCUCGCAGAACUGAUGGAGAAGUAUAAAUUAGGCACUACGCAGCAGCACCGACAUUUGUAAUUUGAUGCCAGCCAGCAAAAAAGACUUGUUUAAAGAACUGGAGCCAGUAACAAGAGCGACCAGAAGUUAUUUCUUGUCCUGCUAAGAAGGCACGGCAACUUUUCACUCUGUUGGGUAAAGAAGGCUAAUGUUGAGCUAACAGUGAAUUAGAAGCAAAUAGUCAGCUCUAAACAUAUCUAAAGCAAAUUUUUCAAUUACCAACAACUCAAUAUCACAGAAACGUGUGAGUUAACAGAAUGAGUUGUUCAGAGCUACAACAGCAAGCUAACAGCAAUACAGCAAACAACUGUAACGCCUGAGGAAUAUUACCAUAAUAACUGUAGUAAGUGCUCCCUACCGUAAAACACCAGGUGUGACAAUGUAUUUAUCUGCUUAUCAACUGAUUGUGUUUGAUUCGUCUUUGCUUGUCAUCUAGAAUCUUACAGUGCUCAGUGGCGCAGAUAGAUUUUUCAAACUGGGGGGACAAAGUUCCAAUGUACCCUCCCCCAAACACAUACACACACACGCACACACGUACACAUACACACACUAUUGCAAGAGCCUUAACUAGAGCUCAGUCAGUGUAAUUUCAUCCAAUGGUUUACGGAAAAAAACUAACACUAUUAUAUACGUGUUUGAAGCAGUCUAUGGUUUGAAGCCAUUGUGCAAUGGAACGCUGGCAACAAAGCUCUGCCUGAUCAACACUAUCCAAAUCAGUCACUUGUUAUUCUCCCAAUCAAUUACUAAGCAAAACCUCAUGUUUUAUGCAAAACUUGUUUUAUUUAAACAUUAACUGAUUUUCAGCAUACCAAUCUUUACAGAAAACAUAAAAGCCCUAAAAAACUUAACAUAAAAUAUAUUUCAGAAACGAUAUUCACGUAUCACUUACUCUGAUCUUUUUUAUUAGGAUUUUAUUCCAAAAUUAAUGGACUUUUUUUAAUAGCUCCUAGGUAAAUCAGUCAAAAAACCCAAAACCAUUUCUCAAUCAUGUUAAUAAGCCACACCAAGGAGACACAGCAGUUUCUAACAACUUUCAUACAAUCUGAUCUUUUUUAUUAGGAUUUUUUUUUUCAAAAUUACAGGAUUUUUUGUUCAAUAGCUCCUCGGUAAAUUAGUCAAAAUACUGUAGCGUCACAAAGGUUCUCUAAUUUGUGACAAAGGUCACAUUUUUCCAGCUGGGUCGACUGUAACUUUGCCCUACAGAUUAAACAAGCGAGGAGCCAUGAUGUCUGCUGAAUACCAUCCAUAUCUGCUGCUGUUCCGUCCCAGAUUGAAGGACACUUCAAGAUCACAAUAAUAAUUCAAAUAAUAAUUUUAAUAAACUCUUUGACUUUAUUACGCUUUAUUAUAAUCAUCAUAAUUAAUCCCUUGGUUCAGUAAAUGUAUUUUAAUUGCUGAAAUGACUUAUUAUGCUUUGGGUAUAAUUAUGAUUAUUGUUGAUGAUCAGUUAUGUGUUCAGCAAACCAGAAGGUCAUCUCGCACGUAACCAGCCUCACACAGAGGGUACCUCAGCGUAAAAGUAAUCUGCCAUCACAUGUCUUUGACUCAUGACCAAAGCUUUCUUACUCUGAGAGUGGGCGUGUUCUGAGGGGUUUGUUAAAACUAAACUUUCCAGCAGCAAAACUUGAGUUCGUGAACCAACCACCAUCACAGGAGACGAGGGAACGGCCGCCCGAAUCUCCACCUGCUGUUCUGUCACGCUGAUAGAAUAGCUUUGGAUAAACGCACGAUAACCAGCUGACGCAAAACUCCUUCAGAGUUAUUGAUUUUGAGAAGCAAAUAGUUUCAUCAGUCGUGUGACCCACGGAGACAUCCCAGGACUGAUUUGGUCGCAUUGAAGUCCUUCUACCAGCCUCGUGCCCGGAGGAAAUCAUCUCCACCUGACAUCUCGGAUCCAAAAGGGGGUCUCCUGAAACUGGGUGAGGCAGACACUUUCGACAGAUGACGUCUGAUGCUGUUUCUCUAAGUAACAACAGUUAGCUACAAAAACAUCAUUUCACCCAGAACGAGCUUCUCGCUCUGAAAGAAACCUUCUGAGAACAUUCACGCAUCCAAACUUGCAUUUUCAAUUUAGCUUUCAUUCAGUCACAGGUUUGCCUUUAAACCAAGUUUAAUAUCAAAGCUGGUAAACUGUCAUCCAUGAAUUGUCAUUAUUAAAUUGUCAUUUCUGAAUUGUCGUUCCAAAUUGUCAAGUUUAAAAUUGUUAGUAAUAAAUUCUUAACUUUAAAAA